AUGCCCUACACCCCCUACAUGCCCUUCAUCCCCUACAUCCCCUACACCCCCUACAUGCCCUACAUCCCCUACAUGCCCUACAUCCCCUACAUGCCCUACAUCCCCUUCCUCCCCUACAUCCCCUACAUGCCCUACAUCCCCUUCCUCCCCUACAUCCCCCACAUGCCCUACAUCCCCCACAUGCCCUACAUCCCCUACAUGCCCUACAUCCCCCACAUGCCCUACAUCCCCUACAUGCCCUACAUCCCCUACAUGCCCUACAUCCCCUUCCUCCCCUACAUCCCCUACAUGCCCCACAUCCCCUACAUCCCCUACAUGCCCUACAUCCCCUACAUGCCCUACAUCCCCUACAUGCCCUACAUCCCCUAA